UCUCCAAAACCCUGACCUGCUCGGUGAGGAGAGGACCUGCGAGCUCUGAUGGACAUCUACCAGGAGGCUGUGCAUUAUCUGGAGACCCAACAUGUACCAGUUGUAGUGGAAGCAGAGACUGAUGUCUUGGAGGAGGAUGUGUUCCAGGAGGAGGCAGCGUCCUGUAUUUUCUCCCCUUUCCAAGCAGAGAGUUUAGACUUCCCCGACACCCCUACGUCGUGCAGCCCGGAGGAAAUGUUGGAGAGGAGGCUUGUGGUUCUAAAGGGCAUCCUGGAGAGUGAGGAGGUUUAUCUCAGAGAGCUGGAGGCACUGCUGAUGCCCAUGAAGGCUCUGCGGGCCUCAGCCGGGACCUCCAAGCCAGUUCUGUCCAGUCGACAGGUCCAGACUGUUUUCUACCAGGUGCCCGAGCUCAGAGACAUGCACCAAAGCUUCUACUCUGGCCUGAAGGCCCAGCUGAGUACUCACCGCCAGACAGAUCCAAGCUCGGGUGAGGAAAGACAGAUGAGCCACACAGGGUUUGAGCUGAUAGUGGGGGACCUGUUUCUGAAAAUGGUGAACCAGAUUGGUCUGUAUGGUGGUUUCAUUGAAAACUAUGAGGAAGCCGUUGAAGUUGUUCACAAGUGCACACAGUCAGACCCUCGCUUCCGAACUCUGGCCGAGAGCAUGAUGACUAACAACGGUGCAGACAAAGCUCGGACCAAAUACACAUUUGAAGCUCUACUGUACAAGCCUUUGGACAGAGUGACCAAGACCACACUAGUGCUGCGUGACCUCCUGCAGACGACACCAGUGGAGCAUGCAGAUUACGUCGCCUUACAGGAAGCUCUUCGAUUGUCUCGUAGCUUCCUAUCUGGUGUCAAUGAAAGUUCACAAUGCAAACGAGAGGUCAUGCUCAGUCAUGGCAUGAGGCGUCAGCUGAUGCGUGACGGCUUUGUGGUGGAUGUGAGCGAGGGGGAACGCAGCCUGCGUCACCUCUUUCUUUACACCGACCUCCUGCUGUGCACCAGAUUCAAACAUGCAACCAGAGGGAAGCAGGAUCAGUACAGGUUCUGCUGGUAUCUGCCUCUCGCUGGUCUCAAACUACGCUGGGUUGCAGAUCAUGAGCGAUCAUCUGACACACACCUCCGCUUACACACCAUAAGAUCCAAGAUGUUCAUCCUCCGACAGCAGCUACAGCAACAAGUAAAGGGAGUCAGAGGCAUGAACUUGGGGGCUCGUAGCAGGAAGAAACUGGAGCAAAUGGAGCUGUUGCUGCUCACACACUCUCCUGUUUAUAGACUGGAGCUGCACAGCCCUAGUGGCAAGAGUCACACUCUCCUCUUCUCCUCGAUGUAUGAACUUGAAGAAUGGAGAGAAGCCAUUCAUAAACUCACCGCAGAUAACAUAGAAACAGUCCCUCCAGACUUGCUCACUCUCACCAGUGCAUGUGUGAAACUGAGAAUGACCCAGCAACCACCACUACAAAGCUCCAACGCUGUAGAGGACAUGGAGUCGUUGUGUGGGACUCUGACUGUGGCGAUUCACUCUGCCUGGGGCCUGCAACAACCAACCUGUGUUUAUAUGUGUGUGGAAGUGGAUGGCUAUGAGUUUUAUGAUACAAAGGCCCAGACACACUCUUCAGUCCACAGCCUCAACCCACACUGGGACCAGGAGCUGUCUUUCCAGGUGGACGGGGCUCAGAACGUGAAGGUGCUCUGUGUGAGUCAGUCUGACAGACAGGAUGACACUGUCCUGGGAAAAACUACUUUCAGGCUGGACUCUAAAUCCCUGAAUAAGCGAUGGAGGAGACAGACUCUACAGCUCGGCCAAGUGGAAGUGACUCUGUCCCUUAAGUACAAUCCCCACCCGCUCAACCUGCCCAGCUCCACAGCUCAACAACAGCCCGUCUUCUGUGUCCCUAUUGAAAGUGUGGCUCAACACGAGGGAGUGCUGGUGCCCCAUGUGGUGCGAUGCAGUGUGGAGGAGGUGGAGAGGAGAGGCAUGGAUGAGGUGGGAAUCUACCGGGUCUCAGGAACCACCAGUGAAAUCAACAUGCUCAAAGCUGCGUUCAACAGCAAUCUGCGUGAAGCAGUAACCAGGCUGAGAAGUGCAGAGGUGAACGCUGUCUCUGGUGUUCUCAAACUGUAUUUCAGGGAACUGCCUGAACCUCUCAUACCCACUGAGCUGUUUCAGAGUCUGGCUACGACGCUGGACAUCCAAGACAUAAACUCACGGCUCAUCUCCAUGCUGGCCCUGCUACAGUCCUGUCCUGAAGCCAACCGUCACCCCUUCCUCUACCUCAUGCACCACCUCCGACGAGUGUCUGAGAAGCAGGACAUCAACAAGAUGUCCCUCCUGAACCUGGCCACAGUGUUCGGUCCGAGCCUUUUACGCCCCCCUGUGGCCGGACUGGGACACGGCGGCCCUGCUGUGGACAUCUCUCAGGAGGUGGAGGUACAGGUCCAGGUGGUUUUCUGCUACCUGCAGUGCAACAACCUCCCUGAAGCCCAAAUCUCUGUGGCACAUGACACAGAUGCUGACGAUGAGACCACCCACAUGUGAGACCACCAUCAGUGUCAGGGCUGGCAGGAAACUCAAAUAGUGUGUUUAAAGAAAAACAAUAGAAAUACAAUAAAUGUAUUUAUUGAUGGAAAUAUGGUCUUUAUUUAUUUGUCACUUUUGAAAACUUUUCAGAUUUCCUGUAGACCAACAUAUAAACACAGAUGACAUUUAAAUCUAACCAUUUUUAAGCUACAUUAAUUCUCAUUAAUUUUGGCUUUUAAUCAAUAUUUAAAUGUUUAAGAUCAAAUUACACUACAAUAAUAGGUCCAGUGUUCAAUCAUAUCACAUUUUCAACAACAUUGGGAGUUUCUCUGUGGUCUUGGAAUAGUAAAUAUUCAAUUUUUUUUUUUUUUGGACUCUUUUUGGACCUGUUAUCCAAAGUAAGGUUCAUUUAUGGUCUGGAAACAGGCUAUGAGAAUACAUUCUUCCCACAAUGUACAUUUGAUGCAUUAUAAGUUACUAUAAAAAAUAAUUUGAAGUGAAUAAAACUGAAAU